AUGAACAAUUCACUCAUCCCGGCUAGGGCCAAAAAGAAUGAGCUGCACAGAAGAGAAAUUGAGGGCAUGAUUGCUGAUGGUCAGUCCAUCAUCAUCCUCAACACCAAGGUGCUGAGACUUGACGCCUGGAUCAAAUUCCACCCGGGAGGAGAAUUGGCAAUCAAACACAUGGUAGGGAGAGAUGCCACAGAUGAAGUGAACGCGCUGCAUUCAAAGGAGGCCCGACAGCGCAUGGAUGCAUUCCAGAUCGGUUCCAUCGCUGGAAGAUGGGCUAACUUCGUCCCGCCCACCCAAGGAGGUCGUUUCAGACGUUACAAUUGCGAGGAGGAUGGCGAAGAAGCAGAUGACUUGGAAUCGGAGAUCUCCAGCGAGUUGAGUCCACACGAAACACCUGGGUUGAGACGUCGAAAGUCGACGUCUACAAUAUCCUCGGCCCUCAGCUCGACUCCUCCUCUACCGAGCUCAAGCUCUGAGCUGCCACGCUCGUGUGUUCUGGACGCUCGUACGCAAAAGGAAAUCAUGCUCGACAAGGUCAAUUAUCCUCCUGUGGACGCAAAACACCAAGAUAACAUCACACAAAAAUACCGUGCGCUCAACAAGCGUAUCCAAAAAGAGGGACUGUACAACUGCAACUACUUUGCGUAUGCAGUCGAAACAUUCCGGUAUUCCAUACUCUUUGCGCUCUUCAUCUUUUGUCUACGCCACUCGUGCUUUGGAUUCGCCGGCCUGUUCCUCGGCUGUUUCUGGCACCAGCUUGUAUUCACGGCCCAUGAUGCCGGUCACAUGGGUAUCACGCACGACUUCCAGACUGAUACCUGUAUCGGUAUUGUCAUCGCAGACUUCAUUGGAGGGCUGAGUUUGGGCUGGUGGAAACGCAGCCACAAUGUCCACCAUAUCGUGACCAACUCACCCGAACACGACCCUGAUAUCGAACUUAUGCCAUUCUUCGCCUUGUCGCACCGCUUCUUCAACAGUCUUCGCAGCACCUACUAUGACCGGGUGAUGGAAUACGACGCCGUGGCCCGAUGUGUAGUCAAAUAUCAGAAUUAUCUCUACUACCCGAUUCUUCUCUUUGGCCGUUUCAACUUGUACUAUCUAAGCUGGGAGCACAUCGUUCUCGGCCUGAGUGGUGCUGGAAAAGGGCGUGGUGGGGUAAAAUGGCACAGCUGGCUGGAGCUGGCCGGCCAGAUCUUCUUCUGGGUCUGGUUCGGCUACGGCGUCUGCUAUCUCAGCAUUCCAACAUUGCGCGAUCGCGUCCUUUUCAUUCUCAUCUCACACGUUGUCACCUCGCCGCUGCAUGUUCAGAUCACACUCUCACACUAUGCCAUGUCAACAGCGGACCUAGGUGUCCACGAAUCAUUUGCGCAAAAGAUGCUGCGCACAACUAUGGAUGUCGACUGUCCAACCUGGCUGGACUUUUUCCAUGGCGGCUUGCAGUUCCAGGCCAUCCAUCACUUAUUCCCGCGGAUUCCCCGCCACAAUCUACGGAAGACCCAACAUCUCGUCAAGGAGUUUUGUGAAGACGUGCAGAUCCCAUAUGCAGUCUUCACCUUUGUGGAUGGGAAUAAGAAGGUCAUUAGUAGACUGGGGGAUAUUGCUAAGCAAGCGAAGAUCCUUGAGGAGUGUCAGAAGGCGUGCGCUUCGCAUGGGGUCUUUUCUGACCACCACACACACUAAAGAGGAGCUACAGAAUGCUCUAAUGUUGCAUAUCCCCCUACAUAGAUUUAGAUUUAUAUCGAACCGCCUUAGAUACUUAGAGUAGAAUUAUCAAUCACUUAU